AUGUGGUCGAGGACCAGCUCGAUUUACCGACAAUUGGAUAUUACGAAUGUGGUCGAGUACAUAAAAAAUAAAUUGUAUUUCGCAACCUUGGCUCCUGGAAGAAGAGAAAUCAGAAUCACUAGGGACAUCGUUCCCUUCAGCAUCGACAGCGAGUUGGUCUACAAUAAUUUCUACAAUGAUUUUGGGCCUCUGAACCUUGCUUGCUUGUACAAAUAUUGCUGCCAAGUGAACGAGAAAUUGAGAAGCUCAGCCAAUAAGCACAAGCAGGUCCUCCAUUACACGUCUUUGGACCAGAAGAAAAGGACUAAUGCGGCAUAUCUCAUAGCAUCCUAUGCUAUUCUUUACUUAAAGAAAACUCCAAAAGAAGCGAUUAGGCCACUAAUUGUCGGGAAUACUCAGCCCUUUUUGCCGUUCCAAGAUGCAUCAAUAGGCAUUUCCGGAUACACAAUUCGUUUAUUAGACUGCUUGAACGCUAUCCACAAGGCCGCGGCAUUUGGAUUCUUCAACUUCGAGGACUUUGACUUAGCCGAGUACGAGAAGUACGAGCAGAUGAAGAACGGCGACCUAAAUUGGAUGGUCCCACAGAAGUUCCUCGCAUUCGUCGGGCCCAGCACGGAAGUCGGUUCCGCUUAUCACCCCCCGGAACGGUACAUAGAUUACUUCGUUAGGAACGGCGCGAUCGCCGUCGUCAGGCUAAACAAGAAAUCUUACGAGGCCUCCAGGUUUACGAGAGCCGGGAUAAUGCAUUACGACAUGUUCAUGCCAGAUGGCAGUGUGCCACCGAGAAGAAUCCUUAAUCAGUUCCUCCAGCUUGCAGAAACCACUAACGGGCCCAUUGCCGUUCACUGCAAGGCGGGAUUGGGCAGAACUGGAUCCUUGAUAGCGGCGUACUUGAUCAAACAUUACAGGAUGACCGCAAGAGAAGCCAUUGCCUGGAUGAGGAUUUGUCGUCCUGGGUCAGUCAUCGGGCAUCAACAAGCCUGGUUAGAGGACAUUGAGAGCUUCCUUUGGCGAGCUGGGCAUCAAUACAGAUUAAAGUAUCACAGAGAUGGUGAUAUGAUUUUACAUCAUAAAAGAGGGAUUUAUUCGAUUGCGUACAAAUUGGAGCAGAAAAUAAAUUUCGCACUAGGGACCGAGCGAUUUACUUGCAACGGAGCGGAAAACAAUUUGGAUGUAAGUGAUGUGCCGAGGAAACGGAAAGUAAGAACCAGUGUUCCAGAAGCGCAGAAAUGUAAUUUGACGUCGUUCAGCAAGAUUAACAAGCCCGGACUCUCCUGCAUUUUAGGAAAAUUGUGCAACAUCGGUGGAAACGCAUUAAUUUCAAGUGAGUUGAACACAUCAGGAUUACGACAGAAGAUUGAUGCUGAUAUGGUGAAAUACAAUUCAAUCCUGCCAAUGAAUAAAUCGGAAAUAACUCAAGGCGAUCGACUCAAUGAAAUUAAAAUAAAAAGGAACAAAUUAUCUGUAAAUUCCCUUCUAUUUCCGAAGAACAAUUCGCUGUCUGUGCCGACCGAGCCAAUUACGCGAUCCCAAAAAAAACAAUGAUUUAUAAAGAUAAUGGAUACUUCACUGAUAUCCUAACACACUCGGCUUCCUCUUCCUUCCAUAUGUUGUUUACUUUCCAACAUUACUUUUUACGAAAUAUUAAAAUAUGGAGUUACGUCAAUUUAAGUCAUAACACGCCACAUAUUGAUAUUAUCUGUUCUGUAGUUCUGUAAACAUUUGCAGGAGAAGAAAUUAACUAAAGCAGACUACUAAUUCUACUGUGUAAGGAUAGAAUUGGUUCAGAAAAAGUACUGUAUUAAAUGCAAUUAAAUUUAUAAAAGUCAUGUACAAAAAUACAUCAACUUUUAAUAACGUU